UCCUCACACUCAAUUCCUGCUGGGAAGUCCAUCGCUGCUGAUACCUCCAAUCUCUCCUUCAUUGCUACUGCUGUACAACUGCUUGUCCUCUAUCUGGCUCGACCUUGCUAGAUCUACCACCUUCCGCGACAAUGCCACCGUGUUGAUCAACAUCUUGAGUUGACUGUUGGUCCCCCGCGACCUCGAACCACUCCGCUCCACAGUGACUUGCUUCCUCGCCUAGCUAUGGCCUCCCAGGCAAAUAAUGAUUCAGAUGGUCCCGCCUUCCGCAACAAACCGUUGCAACCCAUCGACCAACUCGCCUCUCAACUUGCCCAGCAGACAGACAAACUGCAAGGGAAACCCAAAUCUGAUAAGAAGGCCCCUGCUGGUGGCUAUGACUCGACCCCGAUCCCAAAAGCGCCUCCGGGUUAUACCAUCAAGAUCACCUUCCACAAGGCUGAGAACCUCCCUUUUGCCGAUUUUGGAACCUUCUCGUCGGAUCCCUAUAUCCUCGCCGCGCUCAAGAUCGACCUGCCCAAGAGACACAAGCAAGAUCCUGAACUCAGGCUGAGGACUCCUACCAUUCAUCGCAAUACCAACCCCGAAUGGGAGGUCGACUGGGUCGUUGCGAAUGUUCCCGCCUCGGGCUUCUUCCUGAAAUGCCGCCUCUACGACGAGGAUCCUAAUGACCACGAUGACCGGCUGGGAAAUGCCCAUGUUGUCGUUAACAGCAUUGAUGACAACUGGAAGGGCUUCUCCCAUGAAAAAUUCCCCUUGAAGAAGCGCAUGGCCAGCAAACGAGCCUACACCUUCCGUGGAUGCGCUGCUCUUCUGUCUAAGCGCGUUAAAAUGAGUGGUGAUCUAAUAGUCAGCGUUCAAAACCUGGGUCGUACAAAGGAUGACAAUGGCGGACGCGCCUAUACAAUCGCGCCGCUCCCCUGGAGUCAACAUUACUCGCCUUUGAUCGGUCGUCUUGCCGGCACCAAGGAGUCAGAGCAAGGCAAAGAUGGCAAAGAGACUCUGAGAUACAACUUUCAAUCAAUACAAAUGCAACUCGCCGGCCCCGUGCCUGCAGACCUCUAUCACCGCUAUGUCGAGUUCAAACCUUUCGUCCAGGGAAUGUUCCAGAGCAAGAGCCUGCGUGGCAGACUACUGAACCGAGCGCUCCACCACCAGCACGCUCGCGUUUACAACUUUGACAAGAGCACAAAGUAUGGCGUCUUUCAAGAGCCAUGCAUUGAUUUGACCAAAAAGUUCCUCGAAUUUGUCCAUUACGACCAAGGAGGUCGCAUCUUCACCUACGUCCUUACUCUGGAUGCUCAGUUUCGCUUCACCGAAACUGGCAAGGAAUUCGGCAUCGACCUGUUGAGCAAGCAUACUAUGCACAGUGAUGUGAGCAUCUACAUUGCCUUUAGUGGUGAAUUCUUCAUCCGAAAGUUGAAGCAUCCACAAGCACAUCGAGAACACAGCGGUCCUGAUCCAUUACAACAUGCAUUACCCCCUUCGGACGAUCCAGGAGCUGAAGCCGAGCAAAAGGACAAGAACGAGGACAAGAACGGGGACAAGAACGAGCUCCGAGAGAAGAAUAGCAGUAGCAGCCCCGAUCAAUCCCACAGCGACAUCUCCCACCAGAAUCGACCCGGUAUCGCUGUUCAAGGGAAGAGGUCGUCGUCCGAAUCGAUUCCUAUUCAAUCCUCAACAGCGUCACCGCAAUCGCCAUCUUCUUCAUCGUCCACAGACCCUUCGCACUACGAACUGAUCAUCGACAAUGACAGCGGGACAUAUCGGCCGAAUGCGGAGAAACUGGACAUGCUUCGAAAAUAUCUGAUUCACGCAUUCCCGGGCUUGAAAGUACACACGCUGGACUGCCAAGGCGAUGAAGCCAAGAUGAAGAAACUCAAGGACGAGCAACGACAGCGCAAGAAAGAGGCGGGCAAGCAGAUCACGUACAUGCAAAACAGCAGUCUGAGCUCAAUCAGCAGCAGCGACGAGGAGGAGCUGGAUGCCCGGGCAAGAGGGGAAGAAGGCCGCGAGCACCGGUACAAGCGCGAGAUGCACAAGUACAUGGGCCACGGCCAAGAUGAUUUCCAUUACGAUGCGACCAAAGACGGACCGAGUGACGCCCCUGAGAGUGGUGGCAGUGCGAACGUGACCAACAAGGAGCUAAAUGAGAAGGAGGAAAAACAUGAUCCGCUCAAUGGGCCCUCACCAGUGGCAAAGGCCGAUGACAAUGUCAAUGACGGCACCAAAGCGAGUUAGUCAUCUUACUCGACGCGUCUGUCACGUCCUCUGGAAAGAUGUUGUUUUUUCUAAUAAGUGCAGCCACUAUUGUGGGCUGGGGGUUGUGUGACUGUUGCACACUGCGAGCUCGGCGUUGGUUGGAUGCAAGAUACCCAGUGUUUAAGAGUAAUGUAUGAUUUGUGUUAGAGGUUUCUCUACUGCAGCUGAGGUAGAC